AUGAGGAAGAUCCGCGCCAAUGCCAUCGCCAUCCUGACCGUUGCCUGGAUCCUGGGCACUUUCUACUACUUAUGGCAGGACAACCGAGCCCACGCAGCAUCCUCCGGCGGCCGGGGCGCGCAGAGGGCCGGCGGGAGGCCAGAGCAGCUCCGCGAGGACCGCACCAUCCCGCUCAUUGUGACAGGAACACCCUCCAGAGGCUUCGAUGAGAAGGCGUACCUGGCAGCCAAGCAGCUGAAGGCUGGAGAGGACCCUUACAGGCAGCAUGCCUUCAACCAGUUGGAGAGUGACAAGCUGAGCCCAGACCGAGCCAUCCGGGACACGCGCCAUUACAGUUGCCCGUCUGUUUCCUACUCUGCGGACCUGCCGGCCACCAGCGUCAUCAUCACCUUCCACAAUGAGGCCCGCUCCACCCUCCUGCGCACUGUGAAGAGUGUCCUGAACCGAACUCCAGCCAGCCUGAUCCAGGAGAUCAUCUUAGUGGAUGACUUCAGUUCAGAUCCUGAAGACUGUCUGCUCCUGACCAGGAUCCCCAAGGUCAAGUGCCUGCGCAAUGAUCGGCGGGAAGGGUUGAUCCGGUCCCGCGUUCGUGGGGCAGAUGUGGCCACAGCUGGUGUGCUCACCUUUCUGGACAGCCACUGUGAAGUGAACACCGAGUGGCUACAGCCCAUGCUGCAGCGGGUCAAGGAGGACCACACCCGUGUGGUGAGCCCCAUCAUCGAUGUCAUCAGUCUGGAUAACUUUGCCUACCUUGCUGCAUCGGCGGAUCUUCGUGGAGGAUUUGACUGGAGCCUGCAUUUCAAGUGGGAGCAGAUCCCUCUUGAGCAGAAGAUUGCCCGGACCGACCCCACCAAGCCCAUAAGGACUCCUGUCAUAGCUGGAGGAAUCUUUGUGAUCGACAAGUCCUGGUUUAACCACUUGGGAAAGUAUGAUGCCCAGAUGGACAUCUGGGGUGGAGAGAAUUUUGAGCUCUCCUUCAGGGUGUGGAUGUGCGGUGGGAGCUUGGAGAUCGUGCCCUGCAGCCGGGUGGGCCACGUCUUCAGGAAACGGCAUCCCUACAACUUCCCUGAGGGCAAUGCCCUCACCUACAUCAGGAACACCAAGCGCACUGCAGAGGUGUGGAUGGACGAAUACAAGCAGUAUUACUACGAGGCCCGGCCCUCGGCCAUCGGGAAGGCCUUUGGCAGUGUAGCCACGCGGAUCGAGCAGAGGAAGAAGAUGAACUGCAAGUCCUUCCGCUGGUACCUGGAUAACGUCUACCCAGAGCUCACAGUCCCCGUGAAGGAAGUGCUCCCCGGCAUCAUUAAGCAAGGGGUUAAUUGCCUAGAAUCCCAGGGCCAGGACUCAGCUGGGAACUUCCUGCUUGGAAUGGGCAUCUGCAGAGGGUCUGCCAAGAACCCCCCAGCACCCCAGGCGUGGCUGUUCAGCGACCAUCUCAUCCAGCAGCAGGGGAAGUGCCUGACUGCAGCCUCCACGUCCAUCACCCCAGGCUCCCUGGUCCUACUGCAGGGGUGCAACCUGAGAGAAGGCAGGCAGAGAUGGAGGAGAAAAGCCUCUUUCAUCCAGCACUCGGUCAGCGGCCUCUGCCUGGAGGCCAAGCCCGCCCAGCUGGUGACCAGCAAGUGCCAGGCCGACGCCCCCGCCCAGCAGUGGCAGCUAUCGCCGCACACAUGACGGUAGCCUGGGGCCUCCCGUACCUUUUGCAUGAGACUUUGGGACUGGAAGCGGGUUAGGGUGGGGGAGUGUAAAGCAGGCCGUCCCCAUCUCCUCACAUUUCCGCCGGAAUCAUCAGCAAACACCCCUGCCACGACACACAGCUCCCCAAAGCUUGUUCGGGGCGGGCACAGGGGGGCAGGCCCUGAUGCUCCGGCUGCCAGCCCGGCCCUGCCCCAGAAGAGGAGACGGGCAGGAUGCUGGACUGCUGCUGGGUGGAGACUGGGCAGCCCCCCCCCCCCGGCCCUUUGUCCCCUUCCCUUCACCCUCCCAGGGCCCCUGCUGGGUCACAGGGCCUAGCUGUGGGGCCGGCACGAAGGGACAAUGUGGGCAGCAUGGAUGGGGAGGCUGAGGGCCCGCCGAGGGGGUGCAGCAUGAAGGCAGAUGGAGAACAAGAAGGAGGUGAGAAGCUCCGUGGCCUGUCCCAGGCGGGUGCUGGGUUGAGCGUGGGAGGGAUAGGAUCUGGAGCAAGGGAUGGGUAAUUUGCAGAAGGACAUGGAUGGAAAAGCAGCAGAGCCCCAAAAGAAUUAGUCUCUUCCGGACAACCCAUAGUUCUUCCCAAGCUGUGUCAGUCCCCGCGCAUCGCGCCCAGCGCUCUGGCCUCCACGUUCCUAGCAAGAGGCUGCAACGGGGUCUUCAGGGGCAGCCUUGGGACCCAGUUUAUUAAACAGAUCCCGCUUCCGUUUGGCCAUGUGUCAGGCCAAGACCCCUUUCCUUGGGCCUAAAGACCAGCUGGUGCCCUGUCUGCUCUUCCCGGGCCCAUGGUGAUGACCCCGUGUGGGCGGGCAACCACCAUGCACCCUGGAGCAACCCCAUCCUCGUUCAGACUUUGGCUCCUGCCUUCUCAAAAGCCUUUGUCUCCGUAAAUACAGCAUUAUGGUGGUGAAGUAGCUGGUAAGAACAGGACCUCCCUUCUGGAGCUAAACAUUCCCUAAGACAUUAGGGAGUAAGUCCGGGAGGCUAAGCCUCAUCCUCACCCCUCCCUGCUGCAGGAGGGAGGCCUGAGAGGGUCAGUUCCCACAGUGAGCGGGGAGGCUGGCUGGCGGCUCCUGUUUGUGUGGAGAAACCCAGUUCCUUCUCACGGCCACUGGGCCCAUGGCCUGGUCUUGGAAACGCUUCUGCUAUUCCCCAUUUCCUCUUCCCCAGCCCUAGUGG